UUUUCUCCUGCCGCUGCUUCGGCUGCGACCGCGACUCCUCCAAACCGGCAUCCAUCCUCUCGUUCAUGUCCAUCUCCCCAACCGACGCCCAAAGAUACGUUUCGAAUCCUUCUCGUCGUGAUCCAGAACAAAACCCUAGCUCGGGCCAUGGCAUUCUCCCUUCUCAACAGAACGUUUGCUCUUUCGGGACUCGGACCAACGGGUCUUCGUCGAUCUCAGCUGGAUCGGCGCAGGAUUCCUCCGCGGAGCAACCACGCAUAUGUCCAGUCGAGAUAUGUGGAUCAAAUCAAGGAAGUUUUGAUGAUUCGCCUAGUGCAUCGAAAAAUGUGAGAGAAUUAAAGAGCUCAAAUGCUAGGAAACACUCAAGUGGCCAAAACAGCAGCACUUAUCCUCAGCACCAGUCAUUUAGUCAAAGUGGCAGUUCUCAUUUCAGACCGAAUAAGCUUGAAAGACAACCAAAUGGGAGAGUGGCUUCUACUGUUAAUAUGCUGCACUCUGAUCGCUGGCCUUUGGACUCCAGUGACAUGCAAACUACUGCUACUCAAGCUGCUUCAAGAAGAAGAGAGUUCUUGAGUGCUAAUCAUUUGUUGAACUUUCAUUAUGACCCAGUUCAUCGGUCUAGCCAACAACAAAGAAUACCUCUUCCAAGAAGACAGCAAAGAGUGAAGCCUUACAACAAGGAUCUCUUCCUCCAGGCAAACUACAAAUUCGUUAUAUAUGAUUCAGGAAACUAUUCCAUUGAGUCAAUUGAUCCUGAUAAAAUGUUUCCAUGGGAAGAUGUUGUCUGUGUGAGGUAUUUUACCCCGUUUCUGGUACAGUGUCCAAUUUGCUUGGAAAGUCCUCUUUGUCCACAAAUAACAUCGUGUGGCCAUAUAUAUUGUUUCCCUUGUAUAUUGAGGUACUUGUUAAUGGGAAUUGAGGAACAUAAAGGUGAAACUUGGAAGAAGUGCCCAUUGUGUUUUUCAAUGAUAUCAUCCAAGGAUUUGUAUACAGUUAAGAUUGAGAAUGUUAUGCAGUUUCGUGUGGGUGAUCGUGCUGACUUUGUACUUUUGGCUCGGGCAAAAAAUUCACAGAUCCCCCUACCUAAAAGUCAAGAUGGGGCAGGCGUUAUGCCCACUAGCUCUGACAACACCUCUGACUUGUUUUCCAAAUUUAUUUUGAGCUCCGAUGUUGAAUUGUCCGUGCGAGAUUCAAAGAUGGGUCUUACUGAUUGGUUAUGUAAAGCAGAAGCGGGUAUAGUUGAUGACUUGGAAAAGCUUCCAUAUGUUUGUGCGGCUUUAGAGCAAUUAGAAGAAAGGAUGAGAAAAUGGAUGGAGGAUCGGGUUUUUAAUAAAUGCCCCCCUCAAUUUAAUAGUUCGGCACUUUCAAGUAGUCCUAAAGUGAGGCGUCACCCUAAUUCAUUAAAUCCCUGUUCAUUGAAUUCAAAUUUAGAUACAGAGCAUGCUCACUCCAAAGCAUGGAUGGGUACAAGUCCUGAGAAUGGCCAGAUUCCUGUGAAGCUCGAGUUUUCUGAAAAAGUUAGUGGUGGUUCUCCUCCUGACGCAACUGUGGUUUCUUCAGAACUACUAUAUGAUGAGGAGAAAGACUUAAAAAGGGAUUCAAGUAGUUGCAAGGAUUUUAGGGAACGAAACUCAUAUACUUUCUAUCAGGCAAUUGAUGGUCAAACAUUAAUCCUUCAUCCAUUGUGCAUGAAGUGCCUUCUUCACCAUUAUGGAAGCUAUGAUAUGCUCCCACCAAGAAUUAGUGGAGUAAUUUUAGAGUUGGAGAUGAUUACUCAGUCAGAAGCCAUGAGGAAGCGCUAUCGGUACCUCAGCCACUUCUCAUUAACCACGACAUUUCAGCUCUGUGAAAUUGAGCUUGCUGAAAUCUUGCCCCCUACGUCCUUGGCCCCUUUCAUGGAUGAAAUAAAGAAACGUGAAAAGCAGAGGAAAAAACUUGCAAAGAAGGAGCGAGAUGAGAAAGUCCGAGCUGAAGCUGCAAACUGUGCUGAAGUUGCUUCUUUACGGGAGAUGCUUAAUCCAACAAACCAGAGAUAUUUAAGUGACAAUGACACAAUUUUCUCGUUGGAUGAGUUUGAAGCACUAGGUAAUGGUGUUGCGCCAACAACAAACCCUUCCAUGAAUAAUACAAGGAAACUGUUCUCCAAUGUAACUCGCCUUGGAUUUGCUGCGGCUCAUGAUUCUCCAGCUCUAAGAGCUGAGGAGUUGGGUGAUUCAUCAGGGAGCAUGAAUGCUACCCAAGAAGCUUCACGUUCUCAAGGUCGAAGUACUGCCUCUAUACCACCGUCAUUUGCUAAUAUCUUAUCGUCUACCAAAAAUGAGGGAGGUCUAGAGAUACAGAACUCAAAUGGGAUUGCCAGGAAAGGAAAGAAACCCAACAAGGUCCUUUUAUCCACUACAGGUGGGCGGAGAUAUUGAAUGCUAUAGACGCUGCUUCCCAGCCAACUUAUGUACCAUACCAUAGCGUGUAAAUUUGGUUUGAGAACGAUAUCUUUGCCCAAAUUAAUUUAAGAGUAACACUUUUGGUAUCAUU